CUGAGAUGUCAUCAGUUCGCCGGAACUGGAGGGUGGGUUUGAAUCUUUCCCUUUAGCGCGUGUUGUUGAUGCUAAUGCACUGAUUAAACUGGAGCUUAAAGAUGAUUUAGAGUUUAUAAUGCGUUAUAAACACACACACAGACUUCAGGGGGUGCUGAGGGGUAUGAAGAGUGGUCUAUGAGGUGGUAUAAGCUCCUACAGUGUAUGUAAGUGCGUGUUUAUCACAUUGUGGUUAUAGAGGCGUUAUAGCGCGUCAUGGCGAGUGUUCAUGAGAGUCUGUACUUUAACCCGAUGAUGGUCAACGGAGUGGUGCAGGUCAACAUCUUCGGCAUUAAGGACUGGGUCACUCCCUACAAGAUGUCCGUGUUAGCGCUGCUCUAUGAGAUGAGUUCCGCUAAUAAACACCUGGAGCUGCUGGACAGGAGGAGGCUCAACAAACUCAUCUUACCUUUACAACAGGGCCCGGAUGUGACAUUUGAGCAGUUCCUGAGCUCAGUAGAGGAGUGCUGUCCUCACAUCGCCAACACCAUCAAACACAGGUUGUGUUCAAUUGCAGACAGAGAGCUGCAGGACAUGGAGCAAUUUUUUGCUGAAUUACCGAGUGCCUUCACUGACUCUGAGGCCUUCAAGACCAGUGUUGUAGGGUUGUUUAUGCGUCAGAUGCUGCUGGCGUAUAAUAAACUGUCCUUCAGUCAGGUGUAUAAACUCUACAAGGCCCUGCAGCAGUACUGUCACCGUGGGCAACGACCCCGACAUGACCUCGCUAACGAUGACAUGGAGCUGAGUGCUAACGAGGACACGCUGACCGACAUCACGGGGAAAAGCCAGACAGACACGUGCUCUCUGCACCAGUCAGAGCUUCGGAAUGAUGAAAGUUGUGGUCCUCUCUCUCAGAAACAGGCGGAGUAUUUUCUUGCUCGACAGGCAUACAUGUUGAAAAACGAUGAGAACAAGGCCAUGAGUCCAGAUAAACUGCAGGACGAACUCAACAACAUCCUGAAGUUUAACCCUGACCUCGCUGAGGUGCACUAUGUGAGUUAUUUGAACAGUAUGCGUGUUCAGGAUGUCUUCACCUCCACACACAGUCUCCUGCACUACUUUGACCGCAUCGUCUUGUCCGGUGGUGAGGGGAAGAGUAACGGAGAUGAAGGAUACGGACGCAACCUUCGCUACUCCGUCCUCAACAUGGCAACCCUGCACUGCCGCUUCAACCACUAUCAGCAGGCUGAUCUUGCUCUUCAGGAGGCCAUCAGAAUCGCUCAGGAAUCAAAUGACCACGUCUGCCUUCAGCACUGUCUGAGUUGGCUGUACACACUGGAGCAGAUGAAUGGAUGUGACAGCGCAGUUCUGACCGAAGACUCUGUUAAAAUGGCUGCUUAUUUCUGUUUAACUCACAAACACUCUACCAUUCACUCACUCACUCUGAUUCAUAAAACCAGGUUUGUGUCAGCGUCGUUACAGCGUAUUGUGUUCGAGCGCGCAGUUCGCGUGGUUCGUCGCGUGUAUGCAGUGUUCUAUGCGUGUUCGCGGCGCAUUGUGUUCGUGUGUCGCGUGUCGCGUGUUCGUAUGCGUGUUGUGUGUCGUGUGCAUGUGCGUGUUCGCAUUAAUGUGUAUCUGUAUCGCGUUCGUGUUGGUGCGUAUCGCGGUUCGUGUUGUGCCUGUGUGUGUAUGCGUGUUCGUGUGUGUAUGCGUGUUCGUGUGUGUAUGCGUGUCCGUGCGUGUAUGCGUGUUCGUGUGUGUGCGUGUGCGUGUUUGUGUCCGUGUUCGUGUGCGUGUUCGUGUGUGUAUGCGUGUUCGUGUGUGUAUGCGUGUUCGUGCGUGUAUGCGUGUUCGUGUGUGUUCGUGCGUGUAUGCGUGUUCGUGCGUGUUCGUGUGUUCGUGCGUGUAUGCGUGUUCGUGUGCGUAUGCGUGUUCGUGUGUGUGUGUGUGUGCGUGUGCGUGUUUGUGUCCGUGUUCGUGUGCGUGUUCGUGUGUGUAUGCGUGUUCGUGUGUGUAUGCGUGUUCGUGUGUGUAUGCGUGUUCGUGUGUUCGUGCGUGUAUGCGUGUUCGUGCGUGUUCGUGUGUUCGUGCGUGUUCGUGUGCGUAUGCGUGUUCGUGCGUGUUCGUGUGUGUAUGCGUGUUCGUGUGUGUAUGCGUGUUCGUGUGUGUAUGCGUGUCCGUGCGUGUAUGCGUGUUCGUGUGUGUGCGUGUUUGUGUCCGUGUUCGUGUGCGUGUUCGUGUGUGUAUGCGUGUUCGUGUGCGUGUUUGUGUCCGUGUGUGCGUGUUCGUGUGUGUGUGCGUGUUUGUGUUUGUGUGUGUGUCAGUACGAUGUCUGUGCAGCAGUCUCAGCUCCUGUUGAACAUGAACAGUUUGGAGCCGGUGAAUUUUGGCGUUCAGCAGAACAACACCGAGCCGUUCACCAUCACGCUGUGUCACCUCGCACAGCUCCACGCUGACCAGGGUCUGUACGCCGGCGCCAAUGACAUCAUCAGACACCUGAAGCAGCAGUUUCCUCCUCACACUCAACACGCUAAGAUCUGGAUGCUGAGUGACCUGAACAUUCAGUUUGAGAAAGCGAUGAAUGAUGGGAAAUAUCACGUGGCUGAGCCUCACGUCACCGCAAUCUCCGCCCUGAACUCCACCGAGGGGCUCUACAGGAAAGCUCAACUGUUAAAAGCUAUAAAUCGGACAUCAGAAGCUUCCAAAGUCCUGCAGCAUCUACAGCAGCUGUGUGACAAGAACAAGAACACCGAGAUGAUCAUCAGGGUGAUGUUAGCCACAGCAGAGCUGCACUGGGACUCGUGUGGAUAUUCCGCUGCUCUCCCGCUCCUGCUAAAGGCUUUAACACUCACACGCCAACACAACCUGCAGAGACUAGAGUGUAAAACUAUACUGCACCUCGCAUACACACAGUUGAUGUUGGGGAUCCCAGAGCAGGCUCUCUCGUUGGUGUGUGGUGUGUUGGAGUGUGUGUUAGCUCACGGUGCCCUGAUGGAUAAAGCUAAAGCUCUGCUGCUGAUGGCUCGGUGUCAGGUGGCUCUGAGUGCGUCUGCUUCGGGGGAACACAGACUGACCGCUGUAGAGUCAGCACUACACACUCUGGAGGAGGCGGGGCUUUAUUUCUCUCAGCUGGACUGUAAGCAGCGUCUGCGUGAUGUUUAUUACCUGCAGUCUCUGCUACACCACACGCUGGGAAACUCAGCUGAACGCAACAAGUGUGCACUAAUGUUCCGCAUGCUGAAUCAGGAGCUGCUGCACGCCCUGACCACGCCUACCCAGCACCUCUGAUGCACACACCUUCCCCGCCCACACCCACCCAGCACCUCUGAUGCACACACCUUCCCCACCCACGCUCCCACCCAGCACCUCUGAUGCACACACCUUCCCCACCCACGCUCCCACCCAGCACCUCUGAUGCGCACACCUUCCCCGCCCACACCCACCCAGCACCUCUGAUGCACACACCUUCCCCACCCACGCUCCCACCCAGCACCUCUGAUGCGCACACCUUCCCCGCCCACACCCACCCAGCACCUCUGAUGCACACACCUUCCCCACCCACGCCCACCCAGCACCUCUGAUGCACACACCUUCCCCGCCCACGCUCCCACCCAGCACCUCUGAUGCACACACCUUCCCCGCCCACGCUCCCACCCAGCACCUCUGAUGCACACACCUUCCCCGCCCACACCCACCCAGCACCUCUGAUGCACACACCUUCCCCACCCACGCCCACCCAGCACCUCUGAUACACACACCUUCCCCGCCCACGCUCCCACCCAGCACCUCUGAUGCACACACCUUCCCCACCCACGCCCACCCAGCACCUCUGAUACACACACCUUCCCCGCCCACGCUCCCACCCAGCACCUCUGAUGCACACACCUUCCACUCUCACACACCACAAAUCUGUACUAAUAAACAUGUUUGAUAUAAAUGUGUGUUUUUGUGUGUGAAUGUGUAGAGCACAACAUUAUACAGAACAAUACAAUAGUGGUGACCAAAAUUAAAAUAAUACAAAAUGCAGUGUCUAAAACUGACAGUGAAAGUAAAAUAAAAUGAAAUGUUAGUAGAAGUGAC